UGCUUGACCCGAGUAGACUCAGCUGACUAUUUUUAAGAUAAAUUAUAAGCUACGCUUCACACGAUCCAUUAAGCUUCUCUAGACGGUUCUCCUUGUCGUCUUCUUCUCCUUCUUCUUCAUCUUCCUAUUCAAACAUACUUCUUAUCCUUUUCACCUUCAGAAUUCCGAUCUGGGUCUCUGAAGACAAUACAAAUGAAGAAAGCAGUGUUGAAAUUGGAACUAGACGAUGACAAAGUCAAGAAAAAAGCCAUGAAGACAGUCUCUGGCCUUUCAGGGGUUGAAUCAAUCGCCAUGGAUAUGAAGGACAAGAAAUUGACAGUGAUUGGAGAUAUUGAUCCGGUGAGUAUAGUGAGCAAACUGAGGAAGCUAUGUCAAACAGAGAUAGUAUCAGUUGGACCUGCAAAAGAGCCAGAGAAGAAGAAAGAAGAGCCCAAGAAAGAAGAGCAAAAGAAGGCAGAUGAUAGCAAGAAAAAAGAUGAUGUAGCUGAACUUGCCAAGCUCUACAAGGCCUAUAAUCCUUACAUGACUGCAAAUUACCAUGUGAGAAGUGCAGAGGAAGAUCCCAACGCCUGUAUUAUCGGCUAAGAGUAAUACUACAGGUAUUUACUUUGAGUAUAUAAAUAGGUACAUAUUUGGGUAUCAUCAUAUGGUUUGAUGUUAUCUUAUUUUUAAUUCAAUAUCACGGUAUUUAUAUCUGUCAAAUUCUGGAGUCCUGGAAGAGUCAGAAUUAGAAUAUGCAGAAGAGCCUGUGUUGAGGCUCGUAUGUACAGUAGGCAGGCAAUCUGGAUUGUGCUUGUUUCUUGUUUUUUAGGGUGGAUUUGGAAUAAAUGAGUCAAAAUUUUCUUGGCGAUGA